AUGUUCCAAAUCCAAGCGUGCCAGGAGUCACCGGUGGAUUUUCAUCCAAAGGGAUCAGGCCCGUCGUCGAGCUCUGCCGCUCCGUUGCUCCGACUCGAACACCGCCGCUUCCACGUCUCUGUCUCCGCCGAUUGUUUAGACGGCGAACACCGGAACGGUGCCGCCGCUGGUGCGGAGGACGAUGUGGUACCGGAAGCAGUACCCGGGAGAGAGCAAAGGCAUCACCGAGGAGAUAAUAAAUUGAGCACCAACGGUAACAAUUCUUCUUCUGAUGACGAUGACGGUGACGGUCGGAAUGACGAUAAUGCCCCUGCCGAGGACAAUAGCUCGGAAUCGGAUGCCGACGGCGACGGGGGUGAAACGGAGACUUGGCGGCGGAGCUUGGAAGGGUUUAUCAAGUUCUUGGUGGACAGCAGGCUCGUAUUCGACACACUCGAGCGCAUUGUCGAUGAAUCAAACGGCGUCGCUUAUGCAUAUUUUAGGAAGACUGGAUUGGAGAGAUCGAAGAGUCUUUCGGGAGAUCUCGAAUGGUUUAAGCAGCAGGGCAAUGUGAUUCCGGAACCCAGCAAUCCAGGAGUUUCUUAUGCCAAGUAUUUGGAGGGGCUUGCAGAACAUUCUGCUCCAUUGUUCCUCUGCCACUUCUACAAAAUCUACUUUUCGCAUAUAGCUGGUGGGCAGGUCAUUGCAAGACGGGUACUUUUCGAGUUUUCAGGAUUCUUUAAUCUUGCCUAA